AUGGCCGAUCCGCUGUACGAGCUGCUGGCUCCCUACUUCGACAACGAAACAUCACCUCCGUCUCCCCGAGAUCCGCAGACGAGCGGCUAUCUGGCGCGACUCAGCACUCUUUCCCUCUCCGACCUCAACACCACCGAGCCGGCCUCCCUCCUUCACUCUGCCCAGUCGCAUCUACGCAACUUGCAGGCCCUAUCCAAACGAUCCCACAAGGCAGUCAUAUCCUCCUCGACACACGUCAGCCAUUUGACGUCUUUACUACCAGAAUUUGGGUCCCAGGCACAGUCGCUGAGCAAGAGUGUCCCAGAACUGGAGGAUGUGGCGGCAGAGUUUGCGCAAAAAUACGACAGAAGUACGGAGAAUGCAGUACUGGAUCGGAGGAAACGGGCAGCCUUGCUGGCACGCAAUGUGGACCGGGUGUCGGACGUGCUGGAUCUGCCACAUCUGUUGUCUUCCACUGUGACAGCGGCUCAGGCAGGCAGCUCCGGGAGCACUGCAGCAGGUGGAGCAGCCGCGACGUCUUAUGCAUCUGCACUGGAUCUCCAUGCUCAUAUCAGGAGGCUCAAAACGCUCUAUCCGCAGUCACAGCUCGUGGCCGAUAUCUCGACUCAGUCCGAGGGCGAAAUGCAAAAUCUGGCCUCCAUUCUCAUCACGUCUCUUCAAAGCCCUUCCUUGAAACUAGCUGCGGCGAUGCGGACUAUCGGCUGGCUGCGACGCGUCGCGCCAGAUCUCACAGAAGAUGGGAAGUACGCAGCGAAGCACGGCAUUCUGUCUACCAAGUCCUUGAGCUUGUCGCCCAAUCCUGCCAGCACCGACGGGGCUUUGCCCUCACUGUUCUUGGUGUGCCGGUUACGCAUGCUUCACGAGACUCUUAACGCGUUGGAACCGCUUCGUGAUUUAGCCGACCAGGAGACAGCGCAGCGCAAGACACCAGCCACCAUGAAUGGUAAACCUUCGAAAGCUGCUGCAGAGGUCUCCGUUGGCACGCAAAGCGAACGUUAUCUGAAGCGCUACAUUGAGAUCUUCCGAGAACAAAGUUUCAACAUACUGAGCAUGUACAAGAGCAUAUUCCCAUCAAAUCUCCCAGAAUCGGAACACAGUGCGAGCGAGGAGACCAAACGAGCAGCAGAUGGAAACCCGUUACUUCCUCUGCCGUCUCCUGUCUCCACUUUCUCUUUGCAUCUUGUGGACUUGCUUGAGUCUACACUGCGCGAAUACAUGCCAAAUCUCAACGACAAGUCUUCACGCGAGUCAUUACUAACGCAAGUCCUGUAUUGCGCCGGGAGUCUGGGACGACUCGGGGCAGAUUUUGGCAUGAUGAUCGCUUUGCUAGAGGAGGACUUGGCGACAGACGAGGAAUCUGUGCAAAAUAAUGAGGCCGGGUCUGAAGAGGCCAAGAGCGAGCCAGAAUGGGUGCAGGUGAUGAAGAAGCACCGCAUCCAGGCGAGCAGGCUGGAAGUGCUUGCGAGGGGAGUCGGCAUCUCUCGCAAGGCUGGCGGAGAUGUGAUGUCGCCCACCGCGAUCUCGCCCAGUGGCACUCCACCCUUGAAGACGUAA